ACGGGUUUAAAAGAAAUAUAUAUAUAUUAUAUUAGCUUGGUUUUUAUGCAAAAAAGACAAAACGGGAUUGGAUUUCCACUCAGAAGGAAGGUUAGAUACCUUUGACAGGUUGUAUUUUUGGGAUGGUGUUCAAACUCCCGAAAUGAACCAUUACAGCUGGCGUCGACCAGCUUUGCGAUACGGACGGACACGAAGAAGAACGCAGGCAGCGGAAAUGCAAAAGAGAAGAGCAAAGAUUCCCGACCCUUAUUGACUCAACCACAAAUCUGUUGAAUGAAGGUAGCUUGCUUACUCUCAGCCACUAGUUAGAAGGAAAUCCCUUUACUUUCUUUCAGAACCUUAUGCAGUACAGAAAGCAAGUGAGGCGGGCUAAGAUUCCAUUCGAAGUAAGGUAACAAGAUUCGAUGUUGCACCACCUUCAACUCGAUCCGGAGUUUUUCGAGAAAAGGUCCCAUCCUUCAAUAUCAUGAUUGGGUCGACCAGGCCAGAUCAUGAGUGAAAUAUCAUGAUCGAGUCGACCAGGCCAGAUCAUGAGUGAAUAGAAAAUCGAAAACGUACAUAGCUGUUCCAGCCGAAAUACUUGGAAUAAUUCUACCACUUCUACUAGGAGUAGCCUUUUUAGUGCUAGCUGAACGUAAAGUAAUGGCUUUUGUGCAACGUCGAAAGGGUCCUGAUGUAGUGGGAGCGUUCGGAUUGUUACAACCUCUAGCGGAUGGUUUGAAAUUGAUUCUAAAAGAACCUAUUUCACCAAGUAGUGCUAAUUUCUCCCUUUUUAGAAUGGCUCCAGUGACUACAUUUAUGUUAAGUCUGGUUGCUCGGGCCGUUGUACCUUUUGAUUAUGGUAUGGUAUUGUCAGAUUCGAACAUAGGGCUACUUUAUUUGUUUGCCAUAUCUUCGCUAGGUGUUUAUGGAAUUAUUAUAGCAGGUUGGUCUAGUAAUUAGGGGCGGCCGUUCGGUCGCCUAUGAUACUAGGACCAAUAGGUCAAAAAUGGGUUUGUGCCGCAGGUGUUGAACGAUCUACUCUACACAGGUGUGGGCUUACAGGGCUAGGGCUCAUAAACCCUUUCUUUCAUUCAUCAAUAGGGCCCUGGUCGGUCACUUUUCGGAUCGAUAAGUGGAAGUCAUAAAAAAGAGAUGUUUCUCCUCAGAUCCAGAGGAAGGGUAGCUUGUCAAGCUGGCCUCUUCUUUUUUUUUUUUAGAAAAAGAUUCGCUGUCUUUUAACCGGCUGUUCUUCUUUGUCAACGCCUACUAAGGACCUAUAGGUUCGCCUACUUGACUUAUGAAAGAUAAUGAGAAUGGGUUAUUCACAAAGGAAAAGGCGCUACUUAGCCCUACUUUUUUAGAAGUAAGCGGGCCCCUACUAAUGUAUUGUAUAGUAGGGUAUAGUAGGCGAGCGAGUUAGCGAAGACGCUUAGGCUAAUAGAUAAGAGAGCGUCGGUGCGUAGCCUUCAUUCUACUACGCUACGAAAGAAAAGGUUACGAAGUCACUUAGCUCGACGUUAGGAGAGUCAAGGGGGGAACACCAUACCUACAUAGAAGAACCGCUGUUCGCUGACUUUCUAAGGUCUAAACCUUUCGCUCCCCGGCGCAAAGCCGCUUCGCACCACUGAGAGACUACUUAAGAUUAAAUUAAAAGGCGCCCUACUUAGUUGACUGACAAUGACAAAGGCUUGCGAAACUAAGUAGGGCCUGAGGCCCCUGCGAAUCCGUAAAUAUGAGGAGCAUGCCGCAACAAAAGGAUGGUCCCCUAUGUAUUUCAUUCUUUCCGGAAGGGAAAAAAAGAAGUACCCCCAUCAUGGUGAACCUCUCCUUGUGAUCGGGAUGAGGUAGAUGCCUCCCAGCCGGGGGGGCGGAUCGAAUCGGAGUUUCCUUAGGUAGCCACCGACCUACAGUUAUCCUUAAACUUCCGUGCUUGGUGGAGAAGAAGCGAACAAAGGUACGCUCGCUUGCUGUCUUGUUCUCUGCCGCGAACUGGGAUCGCUCGCCAGCUAGGUCAGAUUGGAGCUACUUUUUUUUUGAGAACAUAUUACCCAUAUUCGGGGACAAGGGCGGAACGACCUCUCGAUCUACUUACUGCAGCCCGGGAAUAAAAACGUCGUCUAGGCGUUCCCUGUUGCUCCGAUCUCCCCUACGCCUAGGACGUUGUCUGGGCCAAGAGCCAUAGUUAGUUGCUGUUUCCAUUUGGUUGUUUUUUUCUUGUUGUUGAUACCGGCAAGACCCAGCCAGAUGAUGUCUGCUGGUUGGUAGUGAGAAGACUCUUAGUACCUGCAUACCCAAAAGGGGGCGCUGAUUAAAAAACAAUCAUUUGAUUUAGUUUCU